AUGGAAGGGAUCGGUAAUUUCAAGACACCAUGCAAAUUAUCAGAAAAAAAGAAAUCUGUAUUAUGUUCAACUCCAACUAUAAAUAUCCCGGCCUCUCCGUUUAUGCAGAAGCUUGGCUUUGGUACUGGGGUAAAUGUUUACCUAAUGAAAAGAUCUCCAAAAGGUUUGUCUCAUUCUCCUUGGGCUGUAAAAAAGAUUAAUCCUGUAUGUAAUGAUCAUUAUCGAAGUGUGUAUCAAAAGAGACUAAUUGAUGAAGCUAAGAUUUUGAAAAACCUUCAUCAUCCAAACAUUGUUGGUUAUCGUGCUUUUACUGAAGCCAGUGAUGGCACUCUGUGUCUUGCUAUGGAAUAUGGAGGUGAAAAGUCUCUAAAUGACUUAAUAGAAGAAAGAUAUAAAGACAGCCGAGAUCCUUUUCCAGCAGCCGUAAUUUUGAAAGUUGCUUUGAAUAUGGCAAGAGGGUUAAAGUAUCUGCACCAAGAAAAGAAACUGCUUCAUGGAGACAUAAAGUCUUCAAAUGUUGUAAUUAAAGGCAAUUUUGAAACAAUUAAAAUCUGCGAUGUAGGAGUCUCUCUGCCACUGGAUGAAAACAUGACUGCGCCUGCCUUCAUAACCAUUUUGCUUGUUUCAGUGACUGACCCUGAGGCUUGCUACAUUGGCACAGAGCCAUGGAAACCCAAAGAAGCUUUGGAGGAGAAUGGUGUUAUUACUGACAAGGCAGACAUAUUUGCCUUUGGCCUUACUCUGUGGGAGAUGAUGACUUUAUCCAUUCCACACGUUAAUCUUUCAAAUCAUGAUGAUGAUGAUGAUGAUGAUGAUGAAGAUAAAACUUUUGAUGAAAGUGAUUUUGAUGAUGAAGCAUACUAUGCAGCUUUGGGAACUAGGCCACCUAUUAAUAUGGAAGAACUAGAUGAAUCAUACCAGAAAGUAAUUGAACUCUUCUCUGUAUGUACUAAUGAAGACCCUAAAGAUCGUCCUUCUGCUGCACACAUUGUUGAAGCUCUGGAAACUGAUGUCUAGUUAUCACUUCAGCUGAAGUAUGGCUUUUAUAUGUAACUUUUUCCCAAAACAUUUAUAUAGUUACUAUUAGUAGUUAUUAGGCUCUCUAAAAUUGGCAUAUUUGAGAACCACAGUUUCUUGUUAAUAUGUAGAUAACUAUUUCUAAUAUAAGCAUAUUUCAUACUUGUUAUAAGCACUUGGAAUUGUACUGGGUUUUCUGUAAAGUUUUAGAAACUAGCUAUUUAAGUACUUUAAUGUUGCUCAUGCAGAAUUAAAACACUAGCAAUAAAAUACUGUAAACUGUAUAACAUUAAUUUUAGUGAUCAUUGCUUUUAUUAAUGAUCUUUUUAAAAUAUUGUUUUAAUGGAUCUACAGAAAUGAGCAUUUUGUACAAUACAAAAUAAAAUCUGUAUUUGUUUA